AUGGCCAGAUUCUGGUUUUCGUGCGCAUUCGCAGCAAUGUUUGGUGUUCUUCCUGCUGCUGCAGCGACACUUGCGCUGCUGGUGGCGACGAACGUGGCGCAAAAUGGCAACUCGUCCCGCGCCCCUCCGGCAGUUCGGACCCUCGAUGAUGUUUUUCAGCUGGGAAGAAAGGCAGACUUUGUAGCUGCCUGGCGUGCUGGUUCGGUACCAGCAAAUUACCAAGGGAAAGACUUUGACGGCUAUCUGUUAUCCUUGGGAAUUCUAGCUCCAAUGACGGCGUUCAUAACCAACAAUCUCUUUGGCCCGUUUGCCAUUUGGCGUGGCAAGUCAUUUGCCAAGAGCGGCGCAGCCGGUAGAAACCGCUUUGGGGGCGGCUCCAAGAAACGCGGCUUCGCUGCCAGGGUGGCCGCUUCUCAGCUGGACCAUCAGCCUGCCUUAGUCCUGGACUACAGCGACCCAGAGCAUGGAGAUGUGCUUUGGGGACAGAUCCUCUUCAUGCGAGAUGAGCUCCGUGAAGUUGCACCCGGAGUUCUGCUUGGUUUGGGUUCCAUGGGUGCUACAGGGGGGAUGCCGAAUUGCGCCCCCUUUGUGUUGGUGCCAUCUGCGGAGGCAUCUGAGCCUUAG